AUGCCUAUUUUAUCUGUCUCUGUUAAUGUCACGCUGUCUGCUGAAAAAAAUACUGAACUUCUUAAAGAGCUAUCAAAUGUCGUGGGAAAAUUACUCGGAAAGCCCGAAAAGUAUAUGUGCAUUCAUAUUAACACCGACCAGUCAAUAUCCUUUGCUGGAACCACUCAGCCAGCUGGAUUCGCUAUCUUGAAGUCGAUUGGUGGAGUUGGGACCUCAAAACAGAACAACGCUAUAUCAAACAAACUUUUCCCUUUAUUCAAGGAGUAUCUCGGAAUUCCAAGUGAUCGGUUCUACAUCGAAUUUGUCAACAUUGGUGCGGCCGACAUCGCUUUCGAUGGACAGACAUUCGCUUGA